AUGGAGUCAGAGACGUCCAACUACGUGCAUUGUCGAUCUAGUGGGCGGUGGAGACGAAAAUCAUCUCUUCUGAUGCUCUGUCUGGUCGCCGUUCUCACUACUCCUGGUCGUUGUUCUAGGAUUGGAGGGACUGCUGUCCAAGUGCUCCCUGCUACGGAGCCAUCUGGACCAGGGCUUCGGACACUGACGGACUCAAAUACCAUACUACACCGCUCAGCUUCUGCCCCCGCAGACUCCAUUGCGAGCAUAGCUGGUCCAUCGAUAGUGUUGCCUACUACCCUGGCAACUUCUGAGAUUUGGGCCACCUUCUCUUUUAUGGAUCCCGGUACCAUCACUGGAGUUUCAUCACCGGCUGACUCACUUGGGGGGCCUACAAUUGCCUCGAACUCACUGGACGACACUGUUGUCGCAACUUCAGUGCGCGCCAGCACACCGUUAUUGCCCUCUAUGACGGCUUCUGCUAGUUCCGUCAACUCGUGGGACACAAUCACUCAAUCCGCCUCGAACGCUAUCCAGCCGCACUCAGCAGCCAUGUCCUCUUCUAGCCUUCCAUUUCCUAUAAAUCAGUCGACAUCUGCGCCUUCAUCUACGGCCGAUCUUUCCUUCCAAGCAGCAGCACAAAUUCUGACGAUAUACACAACCACCACGCUGCCAGCGAGUGAGCCUCCAGUCACAAGCACAACGACAGUUACUGAGGUUUCCAUAGAUCCACUCACAAAUCCCAACACGACCGAUUUCGUCUCUCUGGCCUCUCCCACUUUUGCUGUAUCGCCAUUGAUCGACACGUCGUCUCCUCCAAGUUCGACAAACCCUGGUACCAGUAUUUCGGCUUCGUUGACCGCUCCGACAUCUACGAGCACAUUAUGGGUCACUGGCACCCGAACUCAGACGACAUAUAGUAACACUACUAUCGUGAUUGAAACUGCUUCACCUACCGUGGUCUUACCAAUGUCGACGAGCUCCUUACGCAUCACCAAUACCCAAACUCACACAACCUAUGUCAAUACUACCAUCGUGAUCGAAGCUGCUGCGCUUACAAUGAACCAGUCGGCCUCGGGAAUUGAAAGUCGGAGCACAAUCGGAGCUCUAUCAAAAAUCACAGAUCCAGCACUCCUGUCGUCUUACCAGACAAUCUGGCGACCCACCACCUUUCCGGACAGACCUAUUUCAAUCAUUAACGGAAGCUUAUCAUCUCCCUGUACUAGGGUUGACACCGUGACCGUCUAUGCCACUCCUACAAUGGCCACCGUUAUGACGCACACGGUCACCGUGACAGGUGCCCAGCCUCAAGCCAAUUUGACCAGUGUAUACAAGCCAACGACGACAGGUCCCGUAGCUGGCUCUCCAAGUCUCAUGGGCACGGUGACGAAUUCGUACAUGUCUAUCUCGUCACCGACUGCGCUUUCGUCGCUUAACUUCUCCUCCAUGGUAGCAGGGUACAGAACAGGACAUGGCGGAUCUACGCCUGCCUCGAGCAGCAGCACAAAGAAGGCCACCACCACGCCCCCGGCGCCUCCUCCUUCAAGCUCCUCCACGAGAAUCACUCAAUCCACCAUGGGGCCGUCUGCAGCGGCAGCGAGUACCGCAACCGGGGUUCAACAAUUGGCUCCUCUUGUCCAGAGCCCUACGCCAACGGGUGCCACCACCGCGACGAACAAGAACGGCACGAGUUCGCCAGCGCCGGAUCCUGCGGCUUCUUUACCAGGAUUCGCUGGUGCACCAACCGAUCGCCCUCUGCCCGUACCAGCGACGACGUCUGCAUCUUUGAAUUUUUCGGCAAUGGUUGCUGGUUACAGAACACCUCGUCUUCAGGCCACUGGGGCAAUGAGUCCUCGCUCUCUGUUGAUACGCGCUGCCACAUCAAUUGCGGGCCCGUUGAAUUUUGAUUUGAUCCUCGAGGAAAACAAGGCAAAGAAGCCUAGCCGAACUCGAACUUCAACCUCGACUCCAGAUCAGACCGGUACGGGCAUACUUCAAGUCCGAGACGAGCAUAGCACACCCUCCAUAGGUGCAGGUGGCCAGCAUGCGAGUCUGACGACCAAGACGGAGACUGGGCCUCGUGCCAUUCCGCACCGACAAAAUGACGCAAGGGGGUAUAAGGUCGCAGAGUGGCUCAGGAAGAUGUCCAAGCUGUUCACGCCGACACGACCCCGAGAGACUACGUUCGUGACCGUGCCACGUACGGGACGGACGGAAAUCCUGAUGGCCACGACUACCCAGACUUUGUGA